AAUCUAUUCUCAUUUCAUCUGCUUUUGAAUUUCAAAAACUCUCACAUACUACUUUUGAAUCCGUGUUUCGAUCUCAAAUCUUUCCUUUUACCUUAACUAUGGCGGAAGAAACCAAGAACGUUACUGAGCAGGAGGUGCCAAAGGUCGCCACAGAGGAAUCAUCAUCGACUGAGGUUACUGAUCGUGGACUCUUCGAUUUCUUGGGUAAGAAGAAGGACGAAACCAAACCCGAAGAGACGACGAUCGACUCUGAGUUCGAGCAGAAGGUUCAUAUCUCUGAGCCAGCGCCUGAGGUUAAACACGAGGAAACAGAGGAGAAGAAGCCUAGUCUCCUUGAGAAGCUUCACAGAAGCGACAGCUCUUCUAGCUCUUCAAGCGAGGAAGAAGGUGAAGAUGGUGAGAAGAGGAAGAAGAAGAAGGACAAGAAGAAGACAACUACUGAAGUAGAGGUGAAAACAGAGGAAGAGAAGAAAGGGUUUAUGGAUAAAUUGAAGGAGAAGCUUCCUGGACACGGUAAGAAGCCUGAGGAUGCUUCAGCCGUCGCUGCUGCACCUGUGGUUACUCCUCCUCCGGUCGAAGAAUCACAUCCAGUGGAGAAGAAAGGUAUUCUUGAGAAGAUUAAGGAGAAGCUCCCAGGGUACCACCCCAAGACCACCACAGAGGAAGUGAAGAAGGAUAAGGAAUAAGCAGAAACAAAAGAUUAUGAUUAAAAAAUAUGAAUAAUGAUGGUUGAUUUGCUUUUCUUUUUUUCUUUUCCUAUUGUGAUGAUUGAUCAUCUUUUGCUUUUGUGAUGUUUAAGUUUGUUGGCUUUUUGUUAAUUACAAUAUUCAUAUGUUUCUCUUUCUCUUGUAUAUGUUUUUUUUAAAAAAACAAAAGAAAUGUUUCAUGGUA